AUGGCACCGCCACAGAACAGUCUGGGGCCAAUCUCAACUACAGGCCCUGGGACAACCUACCUACGUCCCGAAUUGCGAGAUCUCAAAAUUAUCGGCGUGGAGGAGCACGUUGCUUUCCCUGAAUUGACCAAGAUCAUCCCUCGCGAUAGCUUUCCAGCCGGCGUUUUCCAAAAGCUCAUCGAACAUGAAUCUCUUGCGUAUGCUAAAGGCCGUUCCUCUGCAGGAGAGCAGAGGAUCAAAGAUAUGGACGAAGGAGGGGUUGCUUUCCAGGUGCUCAGUCUAUCUGGAGCGAUUGGACCGAUGCUCCUGGGCCCGGAAGAUGGAACACAGCUUGCGAUCAAGAUAAACAAUGAGUUGAAGAAAGCAGUUGACAAGUAUCCACACCGGUUUGCCGCAUUCGCAGAGCUACCCAUGCAUGCACCCGAGGCAGCGGUUAAGGAGCUCCAUCGAUGCGUGAAAGAACUAGGCUUUGUUGGCGCUAUGAUGUCGGGUUCAGUUGGCGCUAGUGGAAAGUUCCUCGACGAGCCUGAGUUUAACUGUAUCCUUUCCGCGUUCGAGGAGUUGGAUGUUCCCUUGUACUUGCAUCCCGGCAUGGUCCCCCAAUCAGUCAUGGAGACAUACUUCACCUUCACCGACAAACCGCUUCUCUCAGCAACAUUCGGUCACAUGGGCUGGGGCUGGCACAAUGAGGUUGCCAUCCAUGUGAUGCGCUUGGCUGUUUCCGGGGCCCUGGAACGGCAUCCACGUUUGAAGAUUAUCAUGGGCCACCAAGGAGAGAUGGUGCCGAUGAUGAUGCAACGCUUUGAUUCCUUUUUCGACGAAAAAAGCUUUGGCUAUAAGAGGAGUAUCGGAGAAAUGCUGCGAAGCCAGGUCUGGGUCGCUAUUUCAGGACUCUUCUCUUUGCCACCAACACAGAUUGCGAUUGCCACCUGGGGCGUUGAUAGGGUUCUCUUCGCAAAUGACUAUCCUUACAUAGAGUCUCAAAGGGUUCCGGAGUUUGUGCGCGCACUCGGGGAUAUUGUUUCGCCCGCGGAUCUGCGAAAGAUCUGCCAAACCAACGCAGAGGAACUUUUGAAGAUCAAGAUGUGA